CCCAGGAGUUUCAGCGCUUUCUCAACUUCAGCUGACGGUGAGAUCACUUUGUGUGGGUGAGCGUGGAAGGAGGCAAUUUCAGAUUCAGUGUUCGGUUUAAAGCACUAGUCCCGGCUUGAAUCGCAUUUGCACCAUGGCUGCUGUGAAGGCGCUUCAACAGUGGUGCAAAAUCCAGUGUGAAGGAUAUCGGGACGUGUCGAUCACCAACAUGACCACAUCUUUCCGGGACGGUCUGGCUUUCUGCGCUCUAAUUCACAAACACAGACCGGACUUGAUAGACUUUGAUUCUUUGAGCAAGGAAAAUAUCUAUGAAAACAAUAAACGGGCUUUCGAGGUGGCAGAGAAGGAGUUGGGUAUACCUGCCUUGCUGGAUGCUGAAGACAUGGUGGCUCUAAAAGUGCCUGAUCGCCUCAGCAUUCUGACCUAUGUGUCCCAGUACUACAAUUAUUUCCAUGGACGCUCUCCUAUUGGAGGUAUGGGAGGGAUUAAAAGACCAGCUGAAGAGUCUAAUGAAGCACCAUCUGAGAAGAAGAACCAACCUAUCAUGGCUAAAGUUUUUGCCUCACCUAAACCAGCCACAGAGAACGUGACGCCUAAACCGGCAAAUGAUAAUAAGAGAGAAGUUUUGGUUGAACGUGCCAAUAAAUCAUCUCUGAGCAGCAGCUGUAGAGUGUGCAAUGAACAUGUUCACCUUGUGCAGCGCCACCUAGUAGAUGGGAAACUGUACCACAGGAAUUGCUUUAAAUGCAAAGAGUGUUCCACUAUUCUUCUCUCUGGCACCUACAAGCCUGGAAAGGAAGCGGGCACUUUUAUCUGCAAGACGCACACAAGCAUAAAGAAGCCUCUGAGGGCCCCGACCACACACAUCACAGUGGCUCCACCAAAAACACUGUCAACUUUUAUUAGCAAGACUGACCAGAAUGCAUCAGGUGGAGGUACUGGAAAAGCUGGUUUAAAACCGAGCACAUCCAAACUUGGUUGGCUGGCCAAUAAAAGUGACCGUACACCCACCCGUGAGUUACCUGUCAUACCUACUCCAGCAGUUCAGCUCACGCCAGCACCAAAAACAACUCCAGCACCAGAGACUACAACCGUGAAAACCUCCUUUAGCCCCAGAACGCCCACAGUGUCUCUUAAACCUGCAAUCAACAGUGUACAGAAGAACCAAGAAGCCAGAAAGAGAUUCUUUGAGUCCAGCAGCAGUCCCAGCAGUACUGUGCCUGCCAGUAAGAACACCUCAUCAUACACCUCAACUAUAUCUGUGAGUACAGCAAGUGUUAAAACUCCUACACCAGAAAGCACAAUACCUAGAGUCACUGCAGGAGCCACAGCUGGUAAAGGUAGAGUCCUGCUGCGGGUGAGAGACGGGGCAAAAACGCAGGACUCAGAAAAAGAGAAGGAGAAUGCAAAGGAGAAAGCCAAGGCUGUGAUCGGGAAGAUGGUGAUGGAGGAAAAAAAUAACAACAGCUCGUCUCUGAGUCCAGCGGGGCUGAAAGCAAAUGUCUGUAAUGUUUCCCCUGUGGAAUCAGGUGCUAAAGGCCCCUCAGGUAGGGUGCGUCUCAAAGCACUUGAUACCAGUGUGGAACCUACUGCCCCCACUGCUGCAUCGCCAUCCUGGAUCAAAGAUACAACCUUAUCCAGGCCUGCGAGCACGCUGUCGUCCAACAGCAAGGAAAACAGUACAGCUCCAUCUGACUGGAGGUCCAUGCUCAAGCCUGUAAAAACUGUCGGUUCCACAGAAAGCACUGGCUCACCCUCCAAGAGGCCGGAAGCAGUUUCCUCUCCACGGACAUCAGGUCCUGGAAUCUCUCAGACAUCUGUUCCAGCACCUUCUACCACAAACAUCGCCACUAGCGUCAACUCGCCCAAAGCUCCCUCACCUAGCCCAAUGAAAAACGGGCCUAAACACAAUGACUCCAGCAGUGGCAGCAGUGUAUCUCCUGUUAGUCCCUCAGGGACUGAAACUCACAAAUUGCACAAGCCGGGUUACAUUCCCAAGGAAGACAUUCAAAAAGAACUGAAGGAAAUUGAGAAGAAUAUGAACGAGUUGGAGAAAAGAGGAGUAGAGCUGGAAAAACAUCUCCGACAAUGUGAUGAGGAAGGAGAAGAGGACACAUUAAUGAAUGACUUAAUGGUGGACUGGUUUACCCUCAUCAGAAACAAACAGGUCUACCUGAGACGCGAAUCCGAGCUUGUGUACAUUGCCAAGACACAAGAUCUAGAGGAAGAGCAGCCCAGUGUUGAGGCCGAACUCAGGAAGCUGCUGGACAAACCAGAGCAUCUGAAGACAUCUUGGGAUCGUAAACGAGAGGAAGAGCUGAUGGCCAAACUUGUGGGGAUUGUGAACGAUCGGAAUGCCAUUGUGGAGGGGCUGGAUGAAGACAGACUGAGGGAGGAAGAGGAGGAUGAGGAGCUGAAUAAGAUGAUGCAGAAUCUUGGUAAGUAUGAUUACAUAAGAAGAAAGAAAAAGGCAGGAGAAAAUCCAUAUCCCGGUGGUUUAGUUUUAAAAGUAAACGGGCGCCUGCAGAAGACUGAUCCUCAUGGUGUGUGUGUGUGUGUGUGUGUGCGCGCGUGUGCGUUUUGUCCCAGACUGAAUGUUUCUGCUGCAGUUUGAGGUCAGAUCACCAAAUCUAAAUUGUAGUUACACAGCCUUCUACAAAUGGUAUUUUUUAUGAUAUCACAUCAUGUAUUUUCACACUCAUAUUUUUGCACAUUUUUCAUCUGUCUCCCCAUCUCCUGUCUUUGUGGGUGUGAUUUAUGCAUUUGUUAGCAAAUGUUUUGCACUUGAAUUCUUUGUAUAAUGUUAAUUGUAUCUCUCAGUCAGUGUUUCAUUAGGGAAUUGGACUGUGUUGAGAGAAAAGUCUUAGUCAUAUUGAUUCAUAUUGAAUCAAAGCUGAAAAUGGACAUGGGUUAAGGUCCGACCUAAACUGUAUUCACUCUCUGACACUUGACUUUUUACUAAGUAUUUUUAAUUGAGAAUAUCACUCAUUUUUGCUGAAAACUUUUCUAUAUCAUUUCAUUUUAAUGCUGUGUUAUCCUGGCUCACUUCUAGUAUCUCAGCAGCAGGGGGCAGACAAUGACUGAUUUCAGCCAUAGGGCCGUAUGCCAUCUGUGAGAGAACUGAUUUAAUAUGGUCUUUUUAAAGAAAUUAUUUAGGAUUCUUCAUUUAAAAGCCUGUGUUGUUUUGCUUUUAACCACUGCCCAGGUAGCUUUAUAUUGAUUUUUAUUUUUCCUGUGUUUUUUUUCCCCCAUAAAAAUUAAUUGCCUUCAUAUGAUCUGCACUUUUUUUUUUCUUCAAAUGUUCUUGCUCUCUCUUUUCGCUGUAUUUGAUCAAAGGCCUUGAGUGAGUGUAACUGUUUAACUAUUUGCACCACAGUGGUUGCCUAACUGUUUUUAAUUUAAGCUAGAAGGUCUCUAUUUUUUUUUACCAAGUACCCAGCAUUUCAUUUCAAAACUUUAUACUGUGUACAAUAAAUUGCAAUAGUCAACAUGAAUGCCUUUGUCUUUUUAGUCCAUCUGCAGUUAUUAAAUAUGA